AUGGCCUUUGUGGUACAGACUUCCUUCCAUCCUUCAGACAAUGGUGCGGGUCUUCUCCAGGGACUGCUGGGAGGGGAUGUGCAGGUGGAACUGAAUGCAGAUACUGGCCUGAACGAAUUCCCAGGUCACCAGAGUGCUGCCCUGCUGACCGUGGUCAUCGUCUUGGGCCAGAAUGCCAACCCAGGACCAUCCGGAGUGGAGCACCAGAUGAGACACCAUGUGGCCACAACUGCCAGGCUACCAGGUGGCCCAGGACUUGUCGUUGCCAUCAAGGAGAUCAACAGGGACUCCCACCUGCUUCCCAACCACACACUGGGCUUCUCCAUCUCGGACUCCAGGGACUGGCUGUCCAGAGCCCUCUAUGAGGCCAUGGUCUUCCUCACAGGCCAGGAGGAACCCACCCCCAACUACAUGCGUCAAGCCAGUCCUCCCCAAGCUGCCCUGAUAGUAGACACAGAGUCCACCCUGUCCAUCCCCCUGGCCUGGUUUCUGGGGCUCUACAAAUUCCCCCAGGUCAGCUACAAGUCCACUCUGGCCAGCCUCAGUGACAAAACCCAGUUCCCAUCCUUCAUGUGGACCAUGUCCAGUGACCUCACAUCCUCCCACAUGGUGGCCCAGCUGGUGAUCCACUUCAGAUGGUCCUGGGUAGGCAUUCGCCAGGAUAACGACUAUGGCCAGCAGGGCAGCACACUGGUGACCUGAAAGCUGGUUCAGGCCAGUGUCUGUAUUGAGUUCAACCUCCAAGUCCCCUCCCAAGAGUCCCUGGAGAAGACCCACGCCAUCGUCCACAGGUGAAAAGUCUGCACUGCAAAGGUCAUUCUGGUCUUCCUGAGCAAUCAAAAUUUCCACCUUGUUCUGCGGGGGCUGCUGGGCAGCAGGGUCUUGGGCCGGGUGUGUGUCAGCCAGGACACGCUGCACAGCAUUCUGGCCCUGGCCAUCCCACGUAUCUCCCAGGUCCUACAGGGCUUCUUCAGCCUUGUGCCACCACACCACAGUCAGGUCCCCGGCUUCCUGGAAUUCGUUGCUUGCCUGCACCCUACCUGGACCCCACAAGACAUGUUCACCCAGAGGUUUUGGGAGGUCAUCUUUGGAUGCAAGUGGCCCAGCAGGAGAUCAGGGCCAGCGGGGACCAGCACAUCUGCAGGAGGGAUCCAGUUCUGCUCAGGGAAUGAGAGCCUAAGAGGCCAAGAGUACCCUUUCCAGAAUGUGAGUGACUUGCAGCUUGCAUACACAGUGGUCUACAGUGUUGCCCACGCUCUGCAGGACCUGGUCACCUGUGAACAUGACAAUGGGCAGUGUGCAGAACAACACUUUCAGCCAUGGCAGAUUCUGCAUCACCUCAGGAAGAUGCAUUUCAAGACCCCCAGUGAGAAAGAGAUCGUUUUUGAUGCCAAUGGAGAUAUAGUUACAGAAUUUGACAUUCUCCAUGAGCAGAAAACCCCCCAGGACUUAUUCCACUUUGUUCACUUUGUCACCAUUGACCAGUUAGCCUCUUCAGGGGACAGAGUGACCAUCCACUGGAUGAAGGAGGAACCCCAGGUCCCCAGCUCUGUCUGCAGCACAAUUUGCACUCCAGGCUUCAGCCAGAUCUCCCAAUAGGGUGCCCCCCACUGCUGUUUUCAAACGAGACCCUGCCCCACGGGCCAGUUUGCAAACCAGACGGACAUGAGAUGGUGUCUUCUCUGCCCCAUGGACCAGUACACCAGUGGUGCCAGAGACCAAUGCCUGCCCAGGACUGAGAACUUCCUGGCCUUUGAUGAGCCCCUGGGGCUCACACUGACCUCAGUGGCACUCACACUAGCUAGCUUGGCGUUGCUGGUCCUCAUGGUGUUCCUGAAAUACCAGGAUACCCCAGUGAUCAGGGCCAACAACAGGGCUCUCAGCUACACGCUCCUGGCCUCCCUGGCUCUCUGCCAUCUCCCCUUGCUCUUCCUCUGCCUUCCCACCAUUGCCACCUGCCUCCUCCACCAGACCACUUUUGUUGUCUUGUUCACCGUGGCUGUCUCCUCCGUCUUGACAAAAAUUCUCACCGUGGUCCUGGCCUUCAGGGUCACCAGGCCAGGGGGCAGGGUGUAGGUGUGCCUGGGACCUGGCGUCUCCACCUCUGUCAUCCUCACAGCCUCCUUGGUCCAAGUGAUUCUCCGUGGGGUCUGUGGGUACCUCCUCGCCGUCCCCACACAGGGACACGGCCUCCGAGCCUCCGAGCCCCGCCACGAGGGCUCCAGGGUUGCCUUCUCCUAUGUGCUGGGCUGCUUGGGUCUCCUGGCCACGGGCACAUUCUUGUUGGCCUUCCUUGCCAGGGGUCUUGCUGAUGCCUUCAAUGAGACCAAGUUCCUCACCUUCAGCAUGCUGCUCUUCUGCAGCACCUGGAUGGCCUUCCUGCCCCUGUACCCCAGUACCCAUGGCAAGGCCACUGUGGCUGUGGAGAGCUUCUCCAUUCUGGCCUCCACUGCAGGGCUGCUGUGUGGUAUCUUCCUGCCCAAGUGCUACAUCAUCCUGCUGAGGCCCAAGUGGAACACCCCAGCCCACCUGAGGAGUCGAUGCCAGGUUUGGUGGGACAGGCAGAGCGAAGAGCUCCAAGCGCUCUAG